GCGGCCAAGGACGAGGGCGGAGAGGACGGCGCGGACGGCGCGGACGGCGCGGGCGGCGGCGAGGGCGCGGACGGCGGCGGCGGCGGCGGCCGCAACGGCGGCGCCGCGGACGGGGCAAAGAAGAAGAAGGGCCGGAAGGAGGAGGAGGGGAAGGAGGACGAGGAGGCCGAUCCCCCACCCGACGAGGGCAGGAGGCUGUCCGGCUCGGCGUGGCCGCGCGCAUGCAGGGCCGGAGCGGCGGCCGUCCGUGGCGCUUCCAGGAGCUCACCGCCGCGAUGGCGCUGCUCGCCCGGCUGUCCGCCCGCGAGCAGCAGGCCGCGCAGCAGCGCGCGCAGCUCGCCGAGCUCGCAGCGCUGCCUCUGCGCGCAGAGGCGCUCGGCGCCGACCGGCAGAGAAACCGCUAUUGGCUGCUCGGCGACGGCUGCGGCCGCGGCCGCCUCUAUGUCGAAGAGAUCACCGCCCCGUGGCCAGCCGCCCCGCCGCCGCCGCCGCCGCCCGCGCCGCCCACGCCGAGCCGCGGCAGCAAGGGCCGGCGGGGCGGCGGCAGAGCGGCGGCGCCGGCGCCGUCGCCGGCAGAGAGAGCGCCGCCGCCGCCGCCCCCUCCCGCGGCGGAGGGAGGGAGCAGCUGGCGCUUCUACCGCAGCCGGCAGGAGGUGAGGCAGCUGGUCGCGUCGCUCGACGAGCGCGGCGUCAACGAGCGGGCGCUCAAGCGCGCGCUGCAGGCGGCGCUGCCGCAGCUCCGACUGGCCGAUGAGCCGGCGCCGUCGCCGCCCGCGGGGCCGUGGAGGAGCGAAGGGCCGCACGUUGGCGCGCGCGUGGUGCUGCACUUUGCCGGCGUCGGCGAGAGCGAGGCGCGCGUGGUCCGGUAUCUGCCUCCGUCGGAGGACGAGCCCGCGCUGUGGCACGUCGAGCACGACGACGGCGACGAGGAAGACCUCGAGGAGGACGAGCUACUCGCCGGCGUCGCGAAGCUCGAGGCGCGGCCAGCCGACGGGCUGCAGGAGAUCGAAGGCCCCUUUGCGCUGUGGCGCAACGGCCCGCAGCCGCGCGGCGCCCGCGACCCGCCACUCGGACUGCCGGCGGCGCGCGAGGCGCUGCUGGCUGCGCAGGCAGCCAUCGGGCCAGAGCCUCUAGCUGCGGGGGUCGGCGAUCCCUCGCCGGCGGAGGAGUCGGCCGGAGAGCGAGUCGGAGAGCCGCCCGCCGCUGCGCCGCCGGCAGCGGCUGGCGAGGCGGCGUGGCAGGCCGCGGUGCGAGCGGCGUCGAGCGGUGCGGAGUGCGGCGCCCUCCUCCUGCAGCUGGAGGCUGCGCUGUGGAGCUACCUGCGCACGGGCGGCGGGAGGGGCGGCGGCGGCGGGGCGGGCGGCGGCGAGGGCGAGUCGGCGGCCGAGGGCGACCCGGAGGGCGAGGCAGGAGCCGGCGCGGACGAGUUUGAGUGCGAGCGGGGGUGCGGCUUCCGCGGCACGUUCCGGGCGGUCGAGACGCACGAGGAGGGGUGCACUGAGGCGCCAGCGGAGGAGGAGCCGCUCUGGCCGCACGCCGCCGCCCGGCGUUUGUGGCUCGAUUACGUCGGCGACGCGCCCACCACGGCCCGCGUCGCCGUCGCCGUGUCGCUGCUGCGCCGCGCGCACUCCGACGAGUGGUCGGCGCCGGAGCCCGUCCCAAUCUACCGAAGGGGCAGCGGCUACUCGAAGUGAGACCACGAACGGGUCGCACGCGCGCCGCCUUGGUGUUUGUAUGAGUCUCGGCUCUGGGGAGCGCACGCCGGGCGGUCGGUGUGUGGUCCCAAUUCUUUUUUUAUAUUACCUGUACCACGAUAUAUUAC